ACGUCCCCGAGGCGUCCUAGUGUCCAUUGCUUCCGCUCCUGCCCGCCGCGAGGCGGGUACUCGCACGCUCGCUGUCAGUGUCCUCCGGUCACUCCUCCCGCUCGCCCAGGCUGCCUCCCAGUCCCCAGCCCACCAUGAGGAGCACUGGCCCCCUUAUCCUUUUCUUCCUGCUGGCCCUGUGUGGGUUCGGGGACUGCCGCAUGGCCAAUGCUGAGGAGAAGCUCAUGGACGACCUUCUGAACAAAACCCGAUACAACAAUCUGAUCCGCCCGGCCACUGGCUCCGCCGAGCUCAUCUCCAUCAAGCUGCAGCUUAUCCUGGCCCAGCUCAUCAGCGUGAAUGAGCGAGAACAGAUCAUGACCACCAACGUUUGGCUGAAUCAGGAAUGGACCGACUACCGCCUGGCAUGGAACAGCUCCCGCUAUGAGGGCGUGAACAUCUUGAGGAUCCCGGCAAAGCGCGUCUGGCUACCUGAUAUCGUGCUUUACAACAACGCCGACGGCACCUAUGAAGUGUCUUUCUACGCCAACGUAGUGGUCCGCUCCAAUGGCAGCAUUGCAUGGCUGCCCCCUGCCAUCUACAAGAGUGCCUGCAAGAUUGAGGUGAAGCACUUCCCCUUUGACCAGCAGAACUGCACCCUCAAGUUCCGCUCCUGGACCUAUGACCACACAGAGAUCGACAUGGUGCUUAAGUCACCCAUGGCCAGCAUGGAUGAUUUUACUCCCAGUGGCGAAUGGGACAUUGUGGCCCUCCCAGGGCGGAGGACUGUGAACCCACAUGACCCCAGCUACGUGGACAUCACCUACGACUUUAUCAUCCGCCGCAAGCCGCUCUUCUACACCAUUAACCUCAUCAUUCCCUGCGUGCUCAUCACGUCCUUGGCCAUCCUGGUCUUCUACCUGCCAUCCGACUGUGGUGAGAAGAUGACGCUAUGCAUCUCCGUGCUGCUGGCGCUCACGGUCUUCCUGCUGCUCAUCUCCAAGAUAGUGCCGCCCACCUCCCUGGACGUGCCGCUCAUCGGCAAGUACCUCAUGUUCACCAUGGUGCUCGUCACCUUCUCCAUCAUCACGAGUGUGUGCGUGCUCAACGUGCACCACCGCUCACCCAGCACGCACACCAUGGCGCCCUGGGUCAAGCGCUGCUUCCUCCAGCAGCUGCCCACCUUCCUCUUCAUGAAGCGCCCCAACAGCAGCGCUGCCAAGGCUCCCCUGCCCCUCCAGGCUCACCUGGUGGGGUCUGAGGCCACCCCCAGCUCAGCUGUGGGAACCGCCAGCUCUGCCCACCUCUAUGGGAAUUCCAUGUACUUCGUGAACCCAGCCUCUGCGACCCCCAAGUCUCCACAGGGCUCCGAUUCAGAGGGAAUCGCCAGGGAUUUGCGGCUGAGGUCUUCAGGGAGGUUCCAGCAGCACAUGCAGGAGGCUCUUGAAGGCGUCAGCUUCAUCGCCCAGCACAUGCAAAGUGAAGAUGAAGACCAGAGUGUUGUUGAAGACUGGAAAUACGUGGCCCUGGUGGUUGACCGGCUGUUCCUGUGGGUAUUCGUGGUAGUGUGUGUGCUCGGCACUGUGGGGCUCUUCCUGCCCCCCCUCUUCCAGACCCACACACCUCCUGCGGGGCCCUAGGCUGCCCUGCAUGUCCUGUGGUCCCCAGGAUACAAGGUGAGAUGAUGUGAAUGGCCAGUUGGGUAGUUUGCUGCUUCCUCUGGCUCAUAGUCAACAAAGUUCUAGGUGAAUGAGACAGCAACUGCCAAUCCCAUCACAAGGGGAAGGAACAAACACCGGGGACCUCAGCUGGCUUCUGGAAAAUCCCUGGAGGAGCCCCAGGAAACUCCAGCACCAGAGCUUCAGACAGUCUCAUCCUGGCCUUUUUCCUUGCAGCUGGCGCUGGCAACAGGCACUGGCAUGCUGCUGUGUAUGUGGUGUCAGCCUUUCAUCCACCUCCCCCCAUCCCUUGUCCACUGGCCUUUUGUCAGCCCUUUGUAUACUUCAAGGUCCUUCCCAGCUGAGAACUCGGCAUCCGCUCUACCUUCUACCCAAGCCUUCCAUCAUAGCGCCUCCCAAGCUUUUAUGGCUGCAUCACUCAGGUGCCGUUCCCAUCGUCCUUUGUUCCAAUGUUACCUCCUCUGAGAGGCCUUCCCACUCACCCAUUCUAAAGCAUUCUCCCCACAGUCCCUUCCCCGAACUGCUCCUUGCCUUAGUGGCAUAUUUACUGUCCACAUCUCCCUACUAGUGGGACCCUCUGUGAGAGCAGGGACCUAGGUCUUCAUCUUCUCUGCAGUAGCCUUGGUUUCUGCACAGGGCUUGGCACAUAAUAGGUGCUCAAUAAAUGCUGGCUGAAUGAAUGAAUGAUGGCUUUUAUUCCUCCUUUGAAUUGCUCUAAACAGUCAUCCUUGUUUCCACCUGGAAGGGAAUGGCCACUCUCCACAGCCCUAUCACAGUUCUGUGUCACAGCUGGGUUCCCCCACAGUUCUGUGUCACAAAUGCUUCCUCCUGGGUGGGCCCUCACAUACUACCUGUGCACAUGCCCAACAAGGAAUAGUCAUCAAAAUAUUUGUGAAGUGAAGGAAUUCUAUUUUAAAAAUUAUUAUACAAUAAAAUCGACUUUUGAUGUAUUGUCCAUUGAAUUUUAAUACAUGCACAGAUUCAUGUAAUCAGGAUGUGAGACAGAACCAUCACCCAAAACAAAUCCCUCCUGCUACCCAUUUAUGGUCAUAUCUCUCCCUCAGUAACUCCUGAUUUUUUUCCCCAUAUUUUCAAGAAUGCUGUUAAAUGGAAUCAUAUUGAGACCCACCCAAGUCAUUGUGGAUACUGACAGUUUGUUCUUUGCCUUCCAACACAGUAUUCUAUCAUGUGGAUGUUAAAGGACAUUUAAGUUGCCACCAAUUUCUGGCAACUGCUAUAUAUAUAUCCAUGUAUAAGAUUUUGUGGGAACAAAUUUUUCAUUUCUCUAGGUAAUCAGGAAUGUGUUGCUGGGUUAUCUGGGGUGACUGUGAAACUCUUAACUCUUAAACUCUUUUCUACAGUAGCCAUAUCCUUUGCCUUCCCACCAGCAACUGUCUGUCUCCGUGUCUGCACUUGGGAUUAAUAGCACUUUUAUUUUAGCCAUUCCAGUGGAGGUAAAAUAAUAUAUCAUCCCGGUUUUCAUUUGAUUUUCUCUGAUGACUCAUGAUGUGAAAUAUUUCUUCUGUUGUGUAUAAGAGAUUUCCAAUAUUUUUCCAAUAAGAACUCUUUACCAAGAGAAUUAGAAUGCUUACCCAAAACAAUUUAUAGACUCAUUGCUAUCCCAAUAAAAAUCU